AUGAUUCUAAGGCGACAAAUACCUCCAUGGGAGAUUAGUAGUAGGAAUACAUAUCGCAAAUGGAAAAAUAAUAAAACAAAUGGACAUUUUAAACUGUUUUUAAACUCUUUUAAGUCAUUCAACAACUGUGUUAAUACAACACAAAUUACGGCAAUUUCAGAAAAAAAUUGUAUAAAUGAGUUGAAAAGAGGAAUAAGUGUAAAUUUGGAAGAAGUAUGUAUAAGAUUACAGCAAUUGUCAAAUCCGGUCAAUUUUGGAAAGAAAAACAUAAAUCAACUAUUAACACAGUUAAUAAAUAAAGUUGAUGAAGUAAUUUCAUAUAUUUCAGUGGAUUCCUUGUUUAAAUUUCUUGUAUCAUAUUCAAAAGUGGUAAAUUCACUGGUGUAUAUAAAUAAUGACUCACACAUUUUGGUAAAAAAUGGAUUAAAAAUAAGUAAUAUUGGAUUAUUCAAGAAAUUGUUUAAUGUUUUGCAAACUGAAAAGUUUGAAAUUAAUAGGCAUAAUAUAAUACAGCUGAUUGAUUCGUAUGUAAGAUUAUGUGUAGGAUAUUCACAGGAUUCUGAAACAUUUUGUAAUAUAUACAAAAGGUCAGUGAAUUUGAUAGUUUCAGGUAAAAUAAAGAUUUCACAGCCUGAUUUUGAUAAAUUAUUGUUAUUAUUUGACCGCAUGGGUCUUUAUGAUAGAGCUUUCAUUGAGUUUUACAGUAGAGUGUUGUGUAAAUAUUUCGAUAAUUUUACACAGGACCAGUUUGGGAACUUUUGCCGUUACUUAUCCAAACUGCCGUAUGUACAAAAGAAGCCCAUUAUAACACACAUUAACACACUUAGUAGUAAUAAUGGUAUGAACAGUAGUAAUAAUGUUGAUGGGUUUAAGUGUGUAAAGAAAUUGCCAUACAGUUAUGUAAUCAGAUUACUAAAUAGAAGAAAUUAUGAUUAUAAAGUAAAGAUUGAUUACUCGACAAGCAUAAGUACGGAUAGAGAAAGAGAAGUAUUGAAGGAUUGGGACUUUAGAAACAGCAAGUUUGUUAAGUUUCUGGACAAGAAGUUGCCAUACUGUCUACACCAAUUCACAUAUUAUAACCUAAUUGAUGUGGCUGAGAUGUAUUAUGUAUAUGGGAUUAAAUCUGAAAUAUUGCCUAGAUUCGCUUCAGAAAUAUGGAAAUAUUUAUAUACACUCAAAUACGGUUAUACAAUCAAGGCACUCAUUGUACUAGGAAAUUUAGGAUUAGGAGAUGGAUUAACCUAUGGAAGAUUAAUUAGGAAUAUACCAUCCAGUUUAGCUUUUAAUUGGCCUCCAGAACUAAUUGCUGAAGCUCUUAUUACCUGCGGUUCUCUUAACAUACAAAUGUUUAAUUAUAGUGGUAUAUAUAUUGCAGAUCUAUCCUUGUAUAACAAAUUAUCGCAAUAUUUGGAGAGGAGAGUUAUGUACUUUAAGGAUCCAAAGUUGAUAUGCAGGAUAUUUGAGGCGUUAAGUAUCGCCAAAGUACCUCAAUAUGGACUAUAUUAUCAAUUACUUACACUUUUGGAAUCAUUCCCAAAUUGGCUACAUCUUAAACAUAUAAUACAAAUUUCAAAAAGUACUAUGUUGGUUGGUAUGUUUGAGAAGAGAUUAUUUCGAGUAUUAAUAUCAAAGUUGGAUGAGGUAAAGGAAUGUUCCGUCUCAGAGAUUGUACCGAUAAUAGUCUUAUCGAAGGAAAUUGUAAUGGAUUCAGAAGACUCCAAAAACUUUUAUGCUUUUAUUUUAAGAUACAUUAGCGGUAUUAAUGGCAGUGUUGAGCUCGAAUUGGACGAGUUGAUGGAUUUGUUAAAUGGAUUAGUAACAAUACAGGUUAAAACUAAAGAAAUUGAACAAAUUAUACUUAAAACCAUUGGGAAUAAUAAUAAAAGGGUGGGAAGAUUGGAAACUCAUCAUUUGUUGAGGUUAAUUGAGUAUAUGAGUAUACUUGGGAAAGUAGAGAGUAAGGAAUUAUUGUCAGUAAUAACUGGAUUUGUGAGUGAAGAUUUACAAAAGUUUAAUGAGUCUGAAGUUUCAACUUUAAUUUGGGAUUUAAUAGCAAUUGGAGUAGAAUUAAAUGAUGAAACUCUGUUAAAAGUAGUUAAAAGAUUCAAUCAACUUAGACCAAUGAAUAACAAAACACAUUUACUAACAGUGGUGAGUAUGUUAGUAAGAAUGAGUGAGAUGAAUGAUAAGGUGUGGAAGGACUUUUUGAAGAUUGUUGAGGGAUAUAAAGACUUUUCCUGGUCAAAAAGUCAAGAAAAUAUUAAUAUUAUUAAAUCAGUAGCAAACACAAUUAAAGACUCUGAAACUUUUGUAAAACAGUUUCCGUACACAAUUGAUAUCACAGCUCUUUACUCUAAUAUAGACUCCAUUAACAUACCCAAAGCCAUUAAACCAUUAAACAAUUAUGAAAAAGAGGAGAAUUUAAUAACUAAAUCUAAUGAUUGUCGAAAUGAUAUGGCCUUGUUUUAUUAUAAUUCUGAUGAGAAUCCGUUUAUAUUACAUUUAAACCCAGAUGGUACACAUGAACAUUAUUUCAACUUCUAUUGUCAAACAAGGAAGAAAAUAUUACAAAAUCUGGGAUGGAAGGAUACACUCAUUUUUACACCCAAUAAAUAA